AUGGCGAACCCCGAGUCCAGCUCCGCUCCCUCCGGGUCCAGAACUCGUCCGAGCAGGAACCGAAUGUUGGUCCCCGGGUCUCAGCUGGACGCUCCACCAGUGGAUCUGUCUCAGACAAACAACCAAGAGACCAUUCAGAUCAUCACGAAAGACUUGAUCCGUACUCUCAGGAUUCCACGGAAAGACGCUACGAGAGAGUUCCUUGUCCUUCCAGCAGCUUCGUUCAGAAGGAUCACUUCAUAUCUCAGCUCGGACACAGAAGCCUUGAAGCAGGAGCGUUGGAGAGAGAAAGAGGAGAAGAUGAAAGCAGCGGAAGCCAGAAAGAGUAAAAUCCAGGAGGCAGAUUUGUCCCGUAAAAAGAACCAGCCGCUCACCGACCUGGAGCUGGAGGCCCAUGAUCGCGCUCAGCGCAUGCUGGGGCGGGCCAAAGCUUUAAGGAUGGAGCAAGAGGAUGAAAUCAAAAUGCUCAACCGGCUGAUUCUGGAUGCUCAGUGUCAAGCCAUCCGCGACGCUCAGAUCCAGGAGAAGAAGCAGAUCGAGGUGGAGCUGGCUUUGGAGGAGAAGCGUCUCGACACCUUGAUGGAGGUGGAGCGCCGCAAGGCUUUGGAGAUGACCAACAAGAUUGAUGAGCAGCGCAAAGAGGAGAGGGUCCGAGGAAAGCAGCAGAUUUACGACCAGAUCCAAGAACGUCUGAAGAGCAAACUAUUGCUGGAUGAGAUCACAGAGCAAGAGAAACAGAACAUGAAGGAGGCUCUGGAAAGACAGAACCUGGAAGAGCUUAAGGCCCUGGAGGACAAAAAGAUGAAGCAGCAGCUUCUGCAGGAAGAGAUCAUGCGCAUCAACGCAGAGGUGACGAGGGCCAAAGAGAAGAAGCUAGAGGAGGAGAAGCUGUCAGACAUGAGAGAUGCAGAAUUCCAGCAGAAAAAACUGGAACGACAAGCGGAGUAUGAGGCAGAGCAGGCGCGGAUCAAAAAGGAAAAGGAGCUGGAGAUUGCUUCUCUGAGGGCUAAGCAAGAGAGAGCAAAAGACUACAAAGCAGAGCAGGACGAGCUCCGUGCUCGCAGGAGCCAGGCCAUCGCAGAGAGAAAAUGGAGGACGAACGAGCGAGCGCUGGCUGUGAAGAAGGCGCGCGACGAAGCGACGCUGAGGGCGGCUCGCUUGGAGCAAGUCAACGACAAAAAGCACCGCCUGGCCACGGAGACCAGCCGAGAGAAGGCGAUGACCGACAGGGUGCUAAAGGUUCAACAAGAAGCUAUAGCCAAGGAGAGAGAGCAAAAGGAGAGGAAGCUUCAGAAAGCCUUCCGUCACUCAGAGACCGUCCGCCAGCAGAUAAAGGAACAGGAGCUGUCUGCCAUCGCCAAGCGCAGAGAAUCCUUUCAGGAGGCUGAUCGGCUGCUUGAGAAGAACCGGCAGAGACGCCUGUGUCUUCAAGAGAUCAAAGAGAAGAAGCUGCUGGAGCUCAAAGCAACAGGAAUCGGUGAAAAAUACUACUCUGCAGUGAAGCGCAAGGCCCAGAAGAUGCUUUAGACAAGUUUUAGUUCUUCAAAGACAUUUCAUCUUCGGAAAAAAUAUUAAAGGUUCAAGCAACACUUUCACAUAUUUAUGAGCGUUUGAGCAGACACUUGUUUUUAUUAGCUUUGUAGCACGUCUUGUAUGCACAUACUGCAGAAACAACGGACACUGGUACACCAUUUCACACAGACACAGGAAGAUGGCAACUACUUUUUUUUUUAUUAUGUUUUAAACUUAGGAUAGUAUUUUCUUUUCAGUUUAGUCAUGUUCUUCAUGUCCCAGUGACAAGACCUCCUUUCUUGUUAAUUUGCAGAACAGAAAGGAAUUAAUCCCAUGUUCAGAUUAGAAUGACACUUUACACACACAGAUUAGAGCAUGUAAGGGAGUUGGGUACAUCAAGGUAAAUAACAGCCUCCUAUUCCAGACCAAACUGGAUGUUCAGAGACCCAGCUCGUUCUAAUAACCAUCUAAACAGGAGCCACAGGACUUCAGGAGUGUUGAUGGAUCAUCAAGCUUCAGAACGGUCCACAAGCCUGUCCUCCACCUCCGUUUAUUCUAGCUUCAACAAGAGGAGCACACCGGACAGGGGCAGGGUUUAGGAGACAGGGAGGGUGUGGAUGGGUCUCCAUCUACAAGUUUUAAAUUCCUUAUAUCUGUACACACGCAAAAAUCAAAAAAAAAAAAAAUCAAAAUACAAAAAAAAAAAAGGGGUGACCAAAAGAAACAGCACAUCACCUGGCAUACACAGAUCUCAGCACGAGGAGGAUUCAGAGUAAUACACUCAUACAAACACACGGUGUGGUGAAGGACCCUGGGAAGGUUUUUUUUCUUGCAUAUACACAGAUACAGUCUCACACAAGCACUGUACACAGCACGAGAGGUCACCUGAACACAUGGAGCCAAAGAAGAGCCGAUAUCUAGGAGGAUGGAGUGAACAGACCUGUACAGGCUGCGGAGGAGGGUUAAACUCUUAUUUAGACCUUUAGGUCACACACACAUUCACACUGACACAUCUGCACACAUCUGA